CAUCAGUAGUACAAGACAUGGGCACUGUACCACAAUGAUCGGACGACUGGCUGCUGUGAUUCUUCUCAGUACAAUAUCUGUGAUUCAAACUGCAGAGGUUCCUCGCCUGAUCCCUCUGACUGAGGUUGAAGUUGGUGAUAAUGUAACAUUUCACUGUUCAGUUUCUGAUGAUCAAGCCGUGUACUGGUACAAGCAGCCUCCUGGAUAUAUGCUCCAAACAGUUGCUAUAAUAACUUAUUCCAAACCAGUACUUGGUGGACAAUUUAAUAACCCACGUUUCAGUGUCACAAAGGAGAAGGCUCAGUCUCUUCUCACCAUCAGAAAUGUAACUAAAGAGGACGAAGCAACAUACUUCUGUCAAAGUGGAGCACUUUAUUCACUGAGCUUUGAUAAUGGCACCUUCCUGGCUGUAAAUGAUCGGAAUCAGCAGAAACACGUCUAUGUGAAACAAAGUCCGGAGAAAGCAUCUGUUCAGCUGGGAGACUCAGUGACUCUGCAGUGUUCACUUCUCUCCAAGAACAAAGAAAACAGAGUCCAGUGUCCAGGUGAACACAGUGUGCACUGGUUCAGAGCUGGAGCAGGAGGAUUUCAUCCAGGCACCAUCUACACUCACAGCAGCAGGAGAGAUGAACAAGAGGGAAGAAGCUGUGUCUACAGUUUGUCCAAAACUAUGCAGAACUCCUCUGAUGCUGGGACUUACUACUGUGCUGUGGUCACAUGUGGAGAGAUCCUGUUUGGUGAAGGAACUAAAGUGGAGACAGGUGAUUCUCCAGGAUCAGAAGUGGACCCAGUUGUCCUUGUUCUUGGAGUGCUGUUGGCCUGCUGUGUGACUGUGAUUGCCGUCCUGAUUUUGGGUGAAAGUAAUUGCAAAGGAGCAGUGAGUGACGAGUCAACUGUGGAUCAAUCAGAUGAUCUGGAUGGUGAAACAAAGGCAGUGAGAUAUGCUGCAUUGGAUUCCUCCACAGGAGCAGUGAGAAGAGGGAAAAAGACAAGGGAUGUGUGCCUGCAAGAGUGUGUGUACUCUGUUGUUAGAGCAGAUUAUUACAACCAUUAAGAUCCCUCUAUAGGCUGAGCAAGGCCCGUGCACCUCUCCCCGAUUCUCUAUCGAGGUUCUCAGUUUGGGUGUGAAACAUUUUAUUCCCAGCUGACACUGCAUUGCAACCGCAUCUUUAUAAAUUUGAUCAAUUAUCAAUAUUUGUUUUUCAAAAUCUGACAAAUCACAUCAGGAGCAAGUUUGGCACAUAAAAAUAUUUUAUUUACUCGCAUGGUCAGAGAUCCACAUCAUUCUCAGAAAUAACAGUCUACAUCUACUUACAACAGUUUUACUUUCAUGUGGUUUCUGUCUCCAAACAACAUAUGUACAGUUGUACUGAUUCUAAAUCAGUGGUCUCCUUCUUCAAAUGUAAAAAUUGUAUCUAUUAGUAAAGGCAUUCAAACACCAGCACUCUGCUAUUUACAUUUAGGGGUGAAAAUGAUGAACUUCACAUUUGAGAUACAAAUCAAAUUUCAUAUUUAUAAUUUUUAACCCCAUGGAAACCUGAUUUCAGAUUUGUUCUUAUUCACGGAAAACAAGUUUCCUGUCAAAUCAACAACUGGCAAAUCAACAACUGCUGACAAAAGCUGAAUAAAAAAAGUCUGCU